UUUUCAUAUAAAGUUGAACUUUUUUUUUUCAUUCUAAGAAUUUCUUUACAUUGUUGACUUGUGUUAAGCGACAAGAAACCAACCCUGAAUCCUUAGCAGUGAAGUUCAUUUUAUAAGGUCUUUUUGCUUUUACUUAGUUGUUUUUUUACAAGUACUUCAUACACUUCUGAGUCAAAGCUUUAAAUUGUGUUUACUACUUCAGUUGAAAAAAAAAACCCUUCCACCGUUACAAUUCUGAUCGCCCAAAGCCAAAAUAAGAGCUUUCCUAUCUUCCACAAAAGGUUGUCACAUUCCAAACUCCACAUAUGUGUAAUUGUUUUGGAGUAAACAAAGAGGGUGUGUGUUAAAUCUUUGCUCUUGCAUACGUGGCUGGAUGUGAGCACUGGCCAGACGAGUGAAGAAGUGUUCAAAGCAGCAGGUCUCAGUCAGGCUCUGAGCAUGAAGCGAGAGCUCACCCAGAUGGCUGCAGAUCUGAGGAGAGACUCUGAAACGACUUACUGCAUGGCUCACAUGCCAGAACUUUAUCUAGACAUCCACAAUGCUUGUGUGAUGUACAAACUGUGGACCUACAUCUCUCUGGUGGAAGGCCUCAGACAGCGGCGCUGCGCUUACACCAAAGAAGUCAGGAAGCUGGAACACGGUCUGCGACAGCUCUUCAUUAUCUUGGGGGAGAAGUGUCAUGGGGACUUGGUGUUCAAAGUCUUUGACUGUGCUGCCCUGGAGCGCUGAAGUACUGGAUGCAGAAACUGCAAAAUUAUAACCUAGAAGAAUGAGGAGAAAGAGAGUAACUAAGCUCAAUUUUCUUAAGCUUUUGAGAUCCCAGCGGUGAAGCAAAUCUUUCAUCUAAGUCAUAUUAUUUAAUCUGCAAGGCAAAAAUACAGUUGCUUUAAAAAUAAAAUAAAAUAAAAUAAAAUAAAAUA